CCUCUCUCUCUCUCUCACACACACACACACACACACACACACACACACACUACUGAGUGAAAGUUGGAAAUCCCGCCGGCCGCGUCGAGUCGUAUCGCUUCACGUGAGAAGCCCGCGCUCGAGUUUAAACCCAUCGCCGUUUUGUCGUUACUCUCUCGUCCUCAGACUCCAGGACCGUUGGCGGAUCUGAGGCGGAAGUUCUACACAGGUAUGAUCGACAUGCCCAGACACAAUAUGGAGACGCAGAAGAGUCAAUGGGAUCCGGUCUGGAGAUCUCCGUGGAUCGUGAGAGUGGAGCAGAGCCCCGCCUCCUCGGGGGCGGAGUCAGACACCGAGGGCAGCAGCACAGAGAGCGAACGGCAUCGAGUCAGACAGGGAGGCGGAGCCGUGGUGACAUCACCGUCGAUGCUGCAGCAGCGAAUCACGGAGCUCGACCAACAGAGGGAGGAGCUAAAGAUUGAGCUGCAGCUGGAGGUGGCGCUGCUGCGCGGGGAGCUGCAGGCCGAACGGGAGCGUCUGCGCAGACACACGGAGCAGCUGCAGGUGCUGCAGGAGAAGGACAGACAGCGCAGGAGCCAGCGCCUGGCCAGCAGACACAAGGAGCGAGUUCAGCUGGAGGAGCAGCGUGUGAAGGUGGAGGAGGUGAGGAGGAGGUGUGAGGAGAUGGAGAGGCAGAUUCCCUCGCAGCCGGAAGACCAGCGAGAGCAGCUGCUGCUUCGACUGCAACAGGAGAAGGACUCGCUGGAGGUCACGGUGAGAGCGUUUGAGGACAUGGAGUUCCACAUUCUGGAGCUGGAGAGCGGCGUGGAAGACGAGCGGGAAGGAGAGGACGGAGAAAGUGAGACGGUCAUCGAGCGAGAGAUCACCAGAGUCCAGCACACCAGCAACGCUUCUCAGGAACGAGUCCAGCAACUAGAGAAGCAGCUGAAGGACAUGGAGAAAGAGAAGGAUAAAGCGCUGAGUUCCCUCAGACAGGAGAAGAAGGAGCUGCUGCACAAGUCUCAGAAGAUUUUGAAAGAGAAGAAGCCGCUCACUGAUUGGUCUAACAUCACUGGCUCCUCCCCCUGCGUGAUGUCACUCAGUCCUUUGACCAUUCACAGAGCAGCGCAGGAGUCUCUGAAGGACUCGUCCAGUUUGCCUCGCAGACGCAGCUCUCACAGGAAGAACACUGACCGACCGCUCUCAGCACAAGUUUCGGUGCGGAUGACUCCAGACAGACAGACCUCGCUGGCUUCAUCACCUCGUCUUCCUCUCGCUGACCACAGACUGAGUAAUGGACACUGUACUAGACCGAGAUCAGCGCAGAGCGACCGCAACGACUCACACACACCCAGCAACAGCACCUGCACCUCCCGCGCUCCCAGCCCACAGAGUGUCCUGGAUUUGGUGGAGAUGGAGAGGAAGCUCCGAGAGGCCAAAGCGGAGCGAGAACGUCUGCUGAAGGAGAGAGAGCAGAGACAGCGGCUGCUGGCCGAGCAACGGCGGCAGAAAGAGCAGGAAUCUGUUCAGAUACAGCCCGACGCGUCCAGAGCGGAGCCGCAGGAUGAGGAGGAGCGACUGCAGAUCAGAGCCCCCGAGGUUCAGCAGGGCGUCCCUCUGUCUCUGACGGUGAACUUUGACCUGCGGGCUCACGUGGAGUCCCUGGGUCAUAACGUGACGGGCUGUAUGGGGGUCAACCUGUCUCCGCGGCGCUGCGGCGGCUUUCUGACCAAACGUGGAGGACGAGUGAAGACCUGGAGGAGGAGAUGGUUCAUCUUCGAUCUGGAUCACCAGAGACUGGCCUACUACACCGAACUCGAUGAGAAGAAGCUCAAAGGAGUCAUUUACUUCCAGGCCAUCGAGGAGGUUUAUUACGACCACCUGAGAACUGCUACAACCUCUCCGCGGCCGAGCCUCACCUUCUGCGUCAAAACCUACGAGCGUCUCUUUUUCCUGGUGUCUCACAGCGCUGAGGCCAUGAGGAUCUGGAUGGACGUCAUAGUCACGGCCACGGACGAACACAGCCGGUACUGACCCCGGAGCAGAGCACGCUUUAUUUAUUGCUGUUACUUGUGCGUUUGUGUCACAUUUUCUUAUUGAAAUGGGGGAAAAUCCUGCGAAAUGUUAAUAAAUAUUUACAUUCCAGACAGAACAUUGUUAUUCUGUUCUCAAGGAGCAGAGAAAGAAAAGACAUCAGGAAAUGUUAUUGAAAUUAAUACAAUAGAUGUUAUUUUAAAAUGCAUUUUUAAUAAGACCAGGAUGUUGUUUUAACCAAUAAAAAUGACUCUUCAAA